AAACCAUACAGUGAGGUUCCAAAACGCUGAGAAAAAAUAAACAAUAUUAAAAAUUAAUCAAAUUCUUAUCAAAAUCACUAUAAUUAAGACCCAAUUUGUGCAUAAACUUAUAAUAUAAUAUCUAGUAAAAAUGUCUGACCGCGAAAGAGAUAGACGAGAUAGAAGAUAUCGUUCACGUUCUAGAGAACGAAGACGCUCAAGAUCCAGAGGAGAAAGAGAAUUUCGCCGAAAAAGUCGUUCACGAGACAGAGGAGGAGCAGCAACUAAAUCUUCACGACGACGAAAGCCUUCCUUAUAUUGGGAUGUUCCACCACCUGGCUUUGAACACAUUACUCCACUACAAUAUAAAGCUAUGCAAGCUGCAGGACAAAUCCCUGCAAAUAUUGUAGCUGAUACGCCUCAAGCAGCAGUUCCAGUUGUUGGGUCGACAAUUACAAGGCAAGCAAGAAGAUUAUAUGUCGGGAAUAUACCUUUUGGUGUGACUGAAGAAGAAAUGAUGGAAUUUUUCAAUCAACAAAUGCAUCUGUCAGGUUUAGCUCAAGCCGCAGGAAAUCCAGUUCUAGCGUGCCAAAUUAAUUUAGACAAGAAUUUUGCAUUCUUAGAGUUUAGGUCAAUCGAUGAGACAACACAAGCUAUGGCUUUUGAUGGAAUCAACUUCAAAGGACAGAGUUUGAAAAUCCGUAGACCACAUGAUUAUCAGCCAAUGCCAGGAAUGACAGAUUCAAUGCCAGUGAGCACACCAGUUCUUGGAGUUAUUUCAACAGUCGUUCCAGAUUCUCCACACAAAAUCUUCAUUGGCGGUCUGCCAAAUUACUUGAACGAAGAUCAGGUAUGUCUUUCAAAUCGCGCGGGUUUACGUGAAUACUUUUUUCUAAAAACAUUUUCUAUAACAACAAACUCAACGUAUGUCUCUUUCAAAAAUUUUUGCCUCAGGUCUCAAGCUCGCCACAGAAAAAUAAGUGCACCAUAUACAGACAGAAAAUUCAUAUUCUUGCGCUUUCAAAAAGAGUCGAAAAUAUUCUUCUUCUAUCUUCUUUUUUAUUUAUUUUCAUUUUUUCUUCUAUACAGCAUAGAAAAGAAAAGUUCAUGUUCUGUGCGGGGCGAUUGUGAACAUUUAUUUAUUUUUUUACAUUCAAUUUAGCUGUCCACAGACUGUCAGACAUUUAUUUAAGUAUGAUUCGCCGAAAUCAUCUCACUUCGUGGAGAUCAAAAACAUAUUUUUCUUUCCCUUUAGGAUCAUUUAGCUCUUUUUUACAGUGACAUGCUUUUCCAUUAAUUUAGAGAGGGGAAAAAAUUCUGUGGUCUAGAGGCGAGCUGCAAACUUUUCGUUUCAGCCUGUGCACAAAAAAUAUUGCUUUUUAUAAUAACACAAAAAAAAAAUCCCACAUUUUUCUAGCAAUCAGCCAUAAAGCAUUUUAAUUUAACAGUGCAGCUCGAUGGUUUUCGAUAAAAGAAGAUAAAUAUUUGUGGACAUUUUUUUAUAGCUAUGAAGAAAAAAAAAUUAACCACCUAAAGAAUGAGCGAUUUAAUGGAAGUAGAGAAAGAAGUGAAAGUUUAGACGGUUGUCAUAGUGACAAUAGUGCUUUUUCCAUGUAACUUGUCAGUAAAUUAAUCAAAACUCUUUCAAGUAUGUCAUUCAUUUACCACUAACUCGGUAAUUUAAUUAGUAUUUCAAAAGGGUUUCCGUGAAUAAGUUUAAAAUUCGUUUGCAGACAUGAAUUUGUUAAAAAUAGAAGUAAUGAACGAUAUGAGCCUGACAUGAUGCAAAAUGCCGUGUUGGUGCAAACAUAGAGUUCUAAAGAUUUGUUUUAGAGCAUUUUUUGACAGAACCAGAAUGGAAUCUAGUCAGUUUAAUUUUUUUUAAGUCAAUACCAAGGAUGCGGAACUGAUAAAUCAAUAUUGGUCGACUACUUAGUCCAGUUCGAGAUCUGAUGUUUAUAAACAAAAAACUUAUUGCGAUGUUAACUGCCGCUAUGGAUUCAGUAGCCAGUUUAAGUACAGCAUGUACGGAGACAGAUUCCGAAAAUAAUUUAAUUUAAAAGCAAGCUCAAUUUACAAUUUAAAAGUUCCUAGUAUUCAAUAACAGAAGUAGGCGUAAGCGAACAGACAAUUUGCUAAUAGCGCUUUAAGGUUUCAUGGAAAUCGUGCUGGAAACAAAGAAAUCUUUCGUUUCAGCUCAUACUUUUGUUUCAGCAAAUUUAUGUUAAUUUAUUCCCAAAUUUAUUUUAGCUUUUAGCUCAUGAUCCUCAAUGGUUAAUACUUUGCGCACAUAAACACUAAAAAUAGAGCAUUUCCCGAAAAAAAAACUAUAAUAAUAAUAAUAACAAUAUUUAGCACUGACGGUUGAUUUUGGUAAAAUGAAUCAAAUAUUUGUGUAAAUUUAUUUUCUUUUCUAAAGGGACACUGCGCACAUUAAUAUAACAAUAAUUUUUUAGGGAUACAGUAACUUUAUUGAGAUAAAAAAAAAUAGAGAGAAAAAUGUAAAUGUGAAAAAGAUUUUUUCAGAGACGUGAAUAUGGAUGGGUGGAAUAGAUAUAAAACUUGAUUGAAUUUUCCAAUUUUAUUUUUUCAAUCAACACGAAAACUUUAUCGUCAUCAAAAUUUUACCUUUUUCUUUUCCCAUUUUGUUCUGUCUUCCAUAAAUUAUGUUCACAGGUCAAAGAAUUGCUAUUGUCUUUUGGACAAUUAAAAGCAUUCAAUUUGGUGAAGGAUGCAGCAACGGGACUAAGUAAAGGGUAUGCUUUUGCUGAAUAUGUAGAAUAUGCGAUAACAGAUCAGGCAAUUGCUGGACUGAAUGGAAUGCAAUUGGGCGAUAAGAAAUUGAUUGUACAGCGUGCGAGUGUUGGAGCCAAAAAUGCAGCAACUGGUGUCGGUCAAUCAGCACCUGUACAAAUUCAAGUUCCUGGACUUUCAAUUGUUGGCGCUUCUGGACCUGCUACUGAAGUUUUAUGUCUUUUGAACAUGGUUACUACAGAUGAAUUGAAAGACGAAGAGGAAUAUGAUGAUAUUCUUGAAGAUAUUAAGGAAGAAUGCAACAAAUAUGGAGUUGUCAGAAGUAUCGAGAUUCCACGACCAAUCGAAGGAGUUGACGUGCCGGGCUGUGGUAAAGUAUUUGUUGAAUUUAAUUCCGUUAUGGAUUGUCAGCAUGCUCAACAAGCACUGACUGGAAGAAAAUUCAGUGAUCGUGUCGUUGUCACAUCAUAUUUUGAUCCUGACAAAUAUCAUCAUCGUGAAUUUUAAAUUGUAUCAUCAAAUAAGCAAACGCGUGUGUGUAUGUGUUAAGGAAGCAGAUAGAUGACUUUUUAAGAGAAGACACAAAGUUGAUGAACAAACAUUUUCACUUAUAAAAUAUAUUUUUUUUUCUCUCUUUUCCUUCGACGAAUGUUUGCUCAUUCAUUCGUGACAUUUUUUGCUGCCUCCUUUUUUUCCUUCCUCAAGCAUCCUUCAUUUCUUCCUACCGAAAAAAAAAAAAAUUCCAUUUAAUUAAAGAUAAACAUUUUCAACUGAACAAGAAACUUCUCUACUUUCUUUUUUAUCUUCUGUCAAACCAGAUAUAGAAUCAGAAAUGUCCAAUGAAUGGACACAAAACACGACACGGCAGUUUGAAUUUUAUUUUAUAUACACAUUUUUUUUUUCGUGUGCCCUUUUCCCUGUGCUUACGGCAUCAUCUUGAUAUAUUUCAUUCCCUCUUUAAUGAAAUAAUGUUCCUCAUGCCUUUUCUCAUUUCAUUUUUUUUUAUCAGUACAACAAAAUAAUAAGUAACAGAAAAGGAGGAAAUUUUUUUCUUACAUUUUCCAAUUUCUAAGGACAAUCUUAGAUGAUGAAAAAUUGUGUGCUGUAUGAGUUGGGAGUUAUGAUAAAAAUAAGUUGCUUUAUAGGAAAACGCAUUUCUAUUCGCAUGACUUUUUUUUUUAGACAAAAUGAACACUUUGACGAUAUAAGUUGAGCCUUAAAAAUGCUCCAAGGAUUCAUCUAAUAUAUAUUUAUUAAAAAAUAUAUGUCUUAAGUUCCCCACGUGCGAAAAAAGCUGUUCAUAUUUUCCAUGUAAUAUCUCUCUCCCACUCAUUUUCUUGAGCAGAGUCUAUGAAAGUGAAAUUUUCCUCCUAAGAAAUGAAAUAUGAGGGCAGUAGAAACAUGUAUAGAUAUAAAUACUAAACAUAACGAAGGAAUGAAGAAAUAAAGAUUCACGAAAAUGAAAAUUUAAGGAACCU